CUCCGAUCAUAGUAUUGUCGUUCCGCGCAGUGCAAAUUAGUUCCAGUUUAUUUGUUUUUUUAAUAAAUUUGAUAAUGAACAGUUUUAAAUGUGAUGAAAAUAUAAGUGAUAAAAUAUACAUUUCAAGUUAAUUUCAAAGGAAAACAUUCAAAUGUACAAGGACAAAUCACAUUUCCCUAAGCUUCUAUUACACGUGUGAAUGACUAUAUUUGUGACAUGGCCGUAUGACAUUAAUAGUUAAAUGGGUAAGUUAUGUGGUAAAGCUAAAUAUGUGUUGGUAUGUUAUAUAUUUAGAAUGUCUUUGUUCUGUAGGCCGGGAUAUACUUCUACCAGCUAUUUGACUGGUACGUUGCGGUGUCCAUACCGGUGUUUGGUCUGAUCGAGUGUCUUAUAUUCGGAUGGAUAUAUGGAGCAGAACGGUUUUCGCGGGACAUUGAAAUGAUGAUUGGUCGUGGAGUUCCUGUAUUUGUACGGAUUUGCUGGUGCUUUGUAAACCCAAUCGUGCUUCUGAUUUUGUUUGUCUCCACAUUCAUAUUGUACAAGCCUCCGACUUACGGGGAUUAUGUGUACCCGUCCUACGUAAACCUGCUGGGCUGGUGUGUCGGGAUAAUGCCACUCCUACCCGUUAUCGUGGUGGGGGUCGGGACUGUGCUGAAUACCCCCGGGGACUCUUUUUUCAAGAAAUUCAAAGCGUCAUUCCGACCGUCACCCUAUUGGAAACCCAUAUCUAGAAAACACGCGUCGGGUUAUGACGUUGACAACAACAUGUCGUCACUUGGGUUCUGGGAAAGAAUUAAAGUCAACGUUUUUGGAAAACAAAGAACACAUUAAACAUUGUAAAGUGAUUCUGAUAAAUGAGAUUGUGGAUAGCCCUAAGGUUAUGAACAAAGGAAGCUAAUUUGUAUACGACUUUUCAUUGGCGACAAUACUAUUUUUUGUAAUCAUUUAUAUUUUCAUUAUCUUGUUAUUAGAUGUAUGACUCCAGUUAUAUAUUUGCAGUAUUAAUAUAUUUGUAUGCAAAAUGCAUUCAUAAGUGAAUGCAUGCUUAUCAUAGAACCCGAAUGCGUCUCAACAUACAAUGUAUUUAAGGAUGUACACCUCUGAGAAGUCA